AAAGAAGUGUGCAAGGCAUCGAAAAAAGCCCCCUUGUUUGCAGUGGGAAAAACGCUGGGGUUUCCAAUUCAUCUCUUCUGAAUAAAUGAAGAAAGUGACUAUGAAAGCACAGCAUCUACCUUCUGUUUCCAUCAAUGAGGAGAAGUUCAUAACAAGAGAGCAGCUCAGUUCUCUUCUGAAGACCUAUAACUCUUACUAUUCUGAUCAAGAAAAUCUGCAGCUGUCACACAGUCAGCAAGAAGGAAGCAAACCAUUUAUUGAAGGGAUCUUGUCAAUAUUUUGGGGAGUACGACAUCCUAUCCAAUUAAAAAUUCAGGAUGAGAAGCAGAUACCCUCUUUUGUGACCUUGAAGUCAACGGAGAGCGUGGCUUCAUUUCCUAAUAAAAGGGGAAUGACACGCUGGGGAGAAUUUGAUGACCUCCAUCACAUCAGUGGGGAGACCUUGAGAUCUACUGAAGAAAAGCCAGACCUUGAGAAAAGUUCCUCCUGUUACAAAAGCCACACCCUGAAGGCCCCUCGGGGGCAGGAGCAGGACUGUGCCACCUUGCCCAGGGCUGGUGGCACCGCGGCCGCCGCGCGCAAGAGGACCAGGCUGCCCAUGAUAGCCAGGACAGAAGUGGAGACCCACAGGUUCUCCAUCAAUGGCCACUUCUAUGACUAUGAGACCUCAGUUUUCACUCCAGCUUUUGGGUCGGAAACCAAAAUAAGAGUAAACAGCCAGAUGAGGACAAGACAAGUCAUAGAACAACUGCUUCGGAAGUUCAAGAUAGAAAACAGCCCACAUGAAUUUGCACUUUAUGUUAUCCAUGCGUCCGGAGAAAAGAAGCAGCUGAGGAGUGGAGAUGUUCCCUUACUGCACAGGCUCCUACAGGGCCCCUCAGACAAGGUUGCCAAGUUCUUCCUGAUGGACAGGGAUGUGGAAGAGAUUAGCAGUGAUGUCGCUCAGUAUCUUCAAUUUCAUCUUCCCUUUUUGGAGUCAAUUCUGCACAGAAUAAAUGAAGAAGAAGAACAGGAGAUUCAACAGACAAUUGCAAGGUACCUGAAAGAGAAGACUAUGAUUUGCCAGCACCUUCACAGUCGAACUGUUAAGAAAACAGAGACAACUGUUUGAUGGGAACAGCCUGUUGCCAAGUCCCCCACCUUUGCCAAAGGAACCUCAGCACGUGUGCUUGGAUGUGCCCUGACUGAAGAGCUGUCACAGCACGGGGCGGGGGGGAUCCAAGUGCUAAAGCUUCUCUUCAUAAUUGUGCAGCUGAACUGAACCCACUGCUCUGGAAUGCAAGUUGGGAACCACUGAAGAUGAUGCACCAGAUCAUCCCAAGACAGAUGCUGCAUCUAGCUGGAAGCUUAAGAUAGGGGGGAAAAAACCCUGAGAAAAGCACAAGGCUUUAAAACCUGCUAAUUUACAAACCAUUACCAGAAGUCCAGCACAGAAAAAAAAAAAAAAAUUGCAAUAACCAGUGUGUUAAUCCUACAGAAAAUACUAAAAUUAAGUACAUGGUUUUCCUUCUGCUGCAGAAACGUUACAUUAUAUUAGGAGGAAGCUUUUCAGUAGAGAUAAGUGGCAAAAGGUAUUUAUGUAUCUAAGAUUGCAGUUAGGCUUUUCACCUAUAUUAAAAAAGAAAUUUGUGCAAGAGACACCUGAAAUCCCUCUGGCCUCGGGCUGGCAGGGGCCUAACUUGCUUAAGCUUUGAGAUACAGUUAGAAAAAUAGCAAUGGGAGCCCUCCCACCACACGUAGCUACUCAGCUUUUCAGCAUCAGAGGGAAUUUAUCCCUGAAAUCUCUCUUGAACUGCCCCUCAGUGCUGCUGGGCCUUCUUGAUGGGGUCCUGGGGGCACCUCAGCAUUUGUUGUGGUUGAAGCAAAUAUUCCGUGUUGCUUCCUGGUUUUUAUAUUUGAAGGUGGGAAUGAGAAGAGCUCAGUGAGAGUCUGAAGGUGGCAGCCUUGGUAGGGGGGUGUUGGUGUCCUCCCCCAGGUGCAGCCUGGGGACAGCCUGGCCCCAGGGCUGUGAACAGUCACCAGCCAUGGGGUCCUGUCUGCUUGGGUCAUGCUCAAAUUGUAGAGAUGUGAAUACGAUCCAAUUUAUGCACAAUCAAUUAAUUGCUUUCCUGUAUUAGUUUGGGUUUUGUGGGGGUUUUUUACGUGGUAUCUGUGUUUUGCCUCAGUUACCUCUGGCUGAUGCAGAUAAGAACACAAACACUGUGAGAGGGAGGGAAUUAAUGUGCAGAAAAUGUUG